ACUUCACCUUCGCGCUGUCGAUCCGCAAGCUGGCGGACCAGUAUCGUCUCACGGGUCUGGUGGAGAAGGCAGAGACGGAGCUUGGCAGCUUGCUCUCAGAGAGCAAUGUCCUGAUGUUCCUCAGCCAUGUCUUCGGGACGGGAUGUCGCCUAGAACAGCUCUGCGUGCAAAUGAUCAUGAACAACGGCUGCGAGGUGCUGGUCUUACAGGAGGAACAGCUGACCCAAAUGGUGGAUGCUCACCCGGAGCUGGCGAAGAAGCUCAUGAGAGCGCUGCUGGCG